CAAUGGCUGGAACUUCAAGCUAUGUUCAUUUCCAUGACAUUCCCAAUGUGGUUCUGGCCAUCAUAUUCUCUUUAGUUGCUGAUACCCGUACUCGCAAUGUUAUGUCCCUUGUAUGUCUGAAAUGGCACUUGCUUGAGCGUUCCACUCGCAAAUCCCUCACUCUCCGCGGCAACAUCCGCGAUCUCUUCCUCCUCCCCACUUGCUUUCGAGCCGUUACCCAUCUCGACCUUUCUUUGCUCUCCCCAUGGGGACACCCUCUUCUUGAUUCCUCUUCAAACCCGCUUUUUCUCACUCAACUCCUUCGGCAUGCAUUUCCCUCUGUUGUUUCUCUAGUAGUUUAUAUCCGUAACCCUUCAACUCUCCAUCUUCUAGCUCCCCAAUGGCCUAACUUACGACAUGUUAAGCUCAUACGUUGGCAUCAACGUUUGCCUACGGAACCUCUUGGCUCUGACUUUACGGCCCUUUUUGAGCAUUUUGGUAUGCUUUCCUCGCUUGAUGUUUCACUUUUUCAUUCCUGGACUGAAGAUCUUCCACCUGCCAUUGAAGCCUACCCUUUGAUUGCAGCUUCUCUUUCUCAUCUUAAUAUCCUCAAACAUUCUUCAGCUGAGGGAUUCAAGUCCCAUGAGCUUUUAGCCAUUACUGCUUCCUGUCCAAACCUCCGUAAAUUGCUUGCAACAUGUAUAUUUGACCAUCGAUUUAUCGGAUUUGUUGGCGAUCAAACCUUGCUUGCUCUUGCUUCCAAUUGUCCUUGUCUUUCUUUACUUCACCUUGUUGAUGCUACGUCUUUGUCCAACAUUAGGCCUGAUCCAAAUAAUGAGGGUUACACAUCUGAAGAUGCAAGUAUCAGCCAUACUACACUUGGAGAUGUAUUUGCUGGAUUGCCACUACUUGAAGAGUUAGUUCUCGAUGUUUGCUACAACGUUAGGGAUGCUUGGCCGGCGUUGGAGUUGCUUAAUUCUAGGUGCCCCAAGCUUAAAGCCUUGAAGCUGGGACAAUUCCAUGGAAUCUGUAGGGGCAUAGAUGCUCAACCAGAUGGGAUCGCCCUUUGCCAAAGGUUGGAAUCUUUGUCAAUCAAGAAUUCUGCUGACCUAACCGAUAAAGCAUUGGAAGCCAUAUCUCUAGGUUGCCCCAGACUAUCCAAGUUUGAGGUUCUAGGAUGCAAAAAGAUCACAAGCAAAGGGAUGUGGGAAUUGACUCACGCUCUUAGAAAAACUUUGGUCCAUGUCAAAAUUUCUUUCUGCAAAAACUUCAAUGCAGUUUCUUCAUUACAGGCAAUUGAACCAAUUCGAGACCGGAUUGAAAGGCUCCAUAUAGAUUGCGUGUGGGACACCCUUGACAAUUCAGAAAACCAGACAGGAUGUAGUUCAAGUCAGGAACUAGGUGAAUCAUACAACUUACAAGCAAGAAAGAGAGACAUGAUCAGGGAAGAGAAAAGGUUAAAAAAGAAAAGCAAGUUCCACUUCCACGAUGUCGGGGAAGACAACUUGUUCUCUUCUAGGACAUGGUCCAAACUACAUCAUCUUUCCCUUUGGAUAGGUGUAGGUGAGUUGCUCACUCCAUUAUCCUUGGCAGGUCUAGAUGAUUGUCCAGCGUUGGAAGAGAUAGAAAUAAAGAUUGAAGGUGAUAGUAGGAAUCAACAGAGGCCUUGCAUGGAUUCAGUAGGGUUGCGUUCCUUAGCUUGUUAUCCAAGGCUUUCAAGGAUGCUUUUGGAUUGCAGUGGAGUUAUAGGUUAUGCUCUUACAGCUCCCCCAGGACAUACAGAUUUGAGCUUGUGGGAAAGGUUUUUUCUGAAUGGGAUUGAGAUAUUGAAUCUUAAAGAGCUUAACUAUUGGCCAGCACAGGACAUGGAUGUGAAUCAGAGAAGCCUAUUUCUACCAGCAGCAGCAUUGCUAGCACAAUGUGGGAGCCUAAGGAAACUGUUCAUUCAUGGAACAGCAAAUGAACACUUCAUGAUGUUCCUAUUGAGAAUCCCAACACUCAGGGAUGUUCAAGUUAGAGAAGAUUAUUACCCUGCUCCUGAGAAUGAUACAAGCACAGAGAUGCGAGUCGAAUCUUGUCGUCGAUUCGAGGAUGCUCUCAAUAGUAGCAACCGCCAUAUUCCUGAUUAG